AUGAGGCCCUCGCCGCCGCGGCGCCUCCCCCUGGCACCCUUCCUCCUGCUGCUCACGCUCCUCUCGCCGCCUCGAGCGGCGGCGGCGGCGGGCGGCCCAUCCGCGUGGGUGGCGCUCCGCGGGGCGGCGGGCAGCCGAAAGGCGUCUCCGGCGGAGCAGGAAGCGGCGGCCGCGGGGCUGCUCCGCCGGCUGCUCCCUUCCCACGCGGGCAGCUUCAGCUUCCGGAUCGACUCCAAGGGCGGCGUCUGCGGUCAAUCAAGCUGCUUCAGGAUAAGCAACGUUAUUGACGGCUCGGGCAAAGGUGGAGCGGAGAUUCUGAUCCAGGGAACCACAGGUGUUGAGCUUGCAUCUGGCCUACAUUGGUAUUUGAAAUACUGGUGUGGCGCACAUAUCUCCUGGGACAAGACUGGGGGUGCCCAGCUGGCAUCGAUUCCUUCUCCUGGAUCUCUGCCACGGGUGCAGGGCAAGGGAGUCAAGAUUGAGCGUCCUGUUCCAUGGAAUUACUAUCAGAAUGUCGUCACUUCUAGCUACUCCUAUGUGUGGUGGGACUGGAAAAGAUGGGAGAAAGAAAUUGACUGGAUGGCACUUCAAGGAAUUAACUUGCCUUUAGCAUUUACUGGACAGGAAUCUAUCUGGCAGAAGGUUUUUAAGAGUUUUAAUGUUACCGACAGAGAUUUAGAUGAUUUUUUCGGUGGACCAGCUUUCCUGGCUUGGGCUAGAAUGGGGAACUUGCAUGGCUGGGGUGGACCACUGUCACAAAACUGGUUGGAUCAACAAUUGGCAUUGCAGAAGAAAAUACUAUCCCGGAUGAUUGAGCUUGGGAUGGUCCCUGUUCUUCCAUCGUUCUCAGGAAAUGUUCCAGCUGUUUUCGCAAAAUUAUUUCCAUCAGCCAACAUUACCCGGCUUGGUGAUUGGAAUACAGUUGAUGCUAAUCCUAAGUGGUGCUGCACUUAUCUUCUUGAUCCUUCUGAUUCAUUGUUUAUAGAUGUGGGGCAGGCUUUUAUCAGGCAACAGAUAAAAGAGUACGGCGAUGUAACCAACAUCUAUAACUGUGACACAUUCAAUGAGAAUACCCCACCAACAGAUGAACCAGCAUAUAUUUCAUCACUUGGUUCUGCUAUCUAUGAAGCAAUGUCCCGAGGUAACAAGAAUGCAGUGUGGUUAAUGCAGGGUUGGUUAUUCUACUCAGAUGCUGCAUUCUGGAAGGAGCCACAAAUGAAAGCACUACUUCACUCUGUUCCAAUUGGUAAGAUGAUAGUUCUCGAUUUAUUUGCUGAUGUGAAGCCCAUUUGGAAAAUGUCCUCUCAGUUCUACGGCGUACCAUACAUCUGGUGCAUGUUACACAACUUUGGUGGGAACAUUGAAAUGUAUGGCAUACUUGAUUCAGUUUCAUCUGGCCCCAUUGAUGCCCGUACAAGUUACAAUUCAACAAUGAUUGGUGUUGGCAUGUGCAUGGAGGGAAUAGAGCACAAUCCAGUUGUUUAUGAACUUAUGUCUGAAAUGGCAUUUCAUAAUAAGAAUGUUGAGGUUGAGGAUUGGUUAAAAACAUACUCCUAUAGGAGAUAUGGUCAAGCAAAUGCUGAAAUAGAGAAAGCUUGGAGAUAUUUGUAUCAUACAAUAUACAAUUGCACUGAUGGAAUUGCGGAUCAUAAUAAAGACUAUAUAGUUGAAUUUCCAGACAUAAGUCCCAGCUCAGUUAGUUCUCAGCUUUCUAAACGAAGGGGUAUGUCAAUUAUGAGAAACCAUAGGAGGUUUUUCUUAAGUGAGGUGUCUGGAAGCCUACCACAUCCGCAUCUAUGGUAUUCUACGAAGGAGGCCAUCAAAGCCCUUGAACUAUUUCUUGAUGCAGGAAGCGUAUUUUCAAAAAGUCUCACAUAUAGGUAUGACCUUGUCGACCUAACUAGGCAGUGCCUAUCCAAACUAGCAAAUGAAGUGUAUCUUGAUGCUCUGAGUUCGUACCAAAAGAAAGAUUCAAAUGGCCUGAAUUCUCACACGAGGAAAUUUCUUGAGAUCAUCGUGGAUAUUGAUACACUACUAGCUGCUGAUGAUAACUUUCUGCUGGGCCCCUGGCUGGAAAGUGCAAAAAGCCUUGCUAUAACUGAAAAGGAACGCCAGCAGUACGAAUGGAACGCCAGAACACAGGUGACGAUGUGGUAUGACAACACAGAGACCGAGCAGAGUAAACUGCAUGACUACGCCAAUAAGUUUUGGAGCGGGCUGCUGAAGAGCUAUUACCUUCCAAGGGCAUCAAAAUACUUCGCCUACUUAACAAGGAGCCUGCAAGAGAACCAGAGCUUCCAGCUGGAGGAGUGGAGGAAGGAUUGGAUCUCAUAUUCCAACGAGUGGCAGUCCGGGAACGAGGUGUACGCCGUGAAGGCCACGGGUGAUGCUUUGGCCAUUGCCAGGUCACUGUACAGAAAAUACUUGAGGUGA